CGGCUGGCGGUGCUGGAGGAGUGAUCGAUCCGGUCGGUGAUCGGCUGGCGGUGCUGGAGGAGUGAUCGGGAAGAUGGCGGGGAGAUGGAUCCUGGAGAGAGUCGGAUCCGAGAGAGAGAGCGUCAGAGUCGACAGUGAGGUGACAAUGGGCCGUGGACUCGGUGUGACUCACCGGAUUGUGGCCAGGAGCUGCCCCCUGAUGGUUUCCCGCAAUCACUGCACCUUUCGUAUCACUUCAGAGGGUCACUGCCUCGUCAUUGACAACCAGAGCCUGAACGGAGUGUGGGUGAAUGGGGAGCGGAUCGAACCCCAGCAACCUCACCGACUGAGUGAGGGCGAUGUGAUACAGCUCGGCGUGCCGUUACGUGAGAAAGAACGGGCAGAGUAUGAGUAUCGACUAACCCAGAGAGACCGGGAACAGGAAGAGGCUGGUGCCAGGGGUACAGACCGAGCCAAGGCCAGUGCCAGAGUGAAACGCAAACACAGCCGUGACCAUGUGGAGCCACAGGAUACAGACGGAACCCAGUGUUACACCAACAAGAUACAGCGACUCUGUCAGUCAAACACAUCAGACAUGGGCACCAGCCAAGACACACAGAGACUCACAGCGGGUACAGACCCUGGCACCAGCCGAGACAGACAGAGACUCACAGCGGGUACAGACCCUGGCACCAGCCGAGACACACAGAGACUCACAGCGGGUACAGACCCUGGCACCAGCCGAGACAGACAGAGACUCACAGCGGGUACAGACCCUGGCACCAGCCGAGACAGACAGAGACUCACAGCGGGUACAGACCCAGGCACCAGCCGAGACGGACAGAGACUCACAGCGGGUACAGACCCUGGCACCAGCCGAGACAGACAGAGACUCACAGCGGGUACAGACCCUGGCACCAGCCGAGACAGACAGAGACUCACAGCGGGUACAGACCCUGGCACCAGCCGAGACAGACAGAGACUCACAGCGGGUACAGACCCUGGCACCAGCCGAGACAGACAGAGACUCACAGCGGGUACAGACCCUGGGCCCACACGAGACAGACAGAGACUCACAGCGGGUACAGACCCUGGCACCAGCCGAGACAGACAGAGACUCACAGCGGGUACAGACCCUGGCACCAGCCGAGACAGACAGAGACUCACAGCGGGUACAGACCCUGGGCCCACACGAGACAGACAGAGACUCACAGCGGGUACAGACCCUGGGCCCAGCAUGAUGCGAAAGACUUGUAUCCAAUCGUGCCCUUCUGGGACACUGAGAGCAAUCCCAGGGGUACAGGCAGAUGCACUGUCAGUACCUGGGGAAAGCGACAGUCACGUUGAAGAGCUGGCUGCCAGUGUUGAGGGGCUACAAGAGCUGCAGGGAAAGCUGCCCAAAUCCCUGCCCACUGAGCAGCAGGAGCGAAAGGAGCUGAAGGCUGCCCUCAGCAGACAGAGGAAGGAGUUGGAGGACAUAAUUCAAGCCAAAGACAGAGAACUGCAGGAGAGGAAGGUGAAGGUUCACAGGGACCAAGCAGCUGCCCAACUGACCGAUGUCCUGGAGAAUGAGCUGCAGUGUAUCAUCUGCUCUGAGCACUUCAUUGAGGCUGUCACUCUGAACUGCUCCCACAGUUUUUGCUGUCACUGUAUCCUGGAGUGGAGGAAGAGGAAGGAGGAGUGUCCCAUCUGCAGACAGCCCAUCCACACCCAGAGUCGCUCGGUGGUUCUCGAUAACUGUAUCGAACGUAUGCUGGAGAAUCUGACUGAGGCGAUGAGAGAGCGCAGGAAACAACUCCUCCGAGAGCGGAAAGCAUUGAAGACGAAGCCUGUCUCUGUGCCAGACAGUGAAAGCAGUAGUUGCGAUGAUCUGACUUCCCUCCAGUCGGUCAGUACCUUGGACAGUUCGGAGCUGGCGGGAGACAGUGAGGAGGGUGACACGGACGACAACCCCCCCAGUUUAUUACAGCAUCUGACACAUUCCUAGGACACUCUCAACAUAGCAUCGGGGCCCCUGGGGACAGGGAGAUGAGCUGGGGUCUACUGGGGUCAGGGAGGUGAGCUGGGGUCCAGUCCGGGGACAGGGAGGUGAGCUGGGGGUCUACUGGGGUCAGGGAGGUGAGCUAGAGUCUACUGGGGUCAGGGAGGUGAACUGGGGUCCAGUCCGGGGACAGGGAGGUGAGCUGGGGGUCUACUGGGGACAGGAAGGUGAACUGGGGUCCAGUCUGGUAACAGGGAGAUGAGCUGGGGGUCUACUGGGGUCAGGGAGGUGAGCUGGGGUCCAGUCCGGGGACAGGGAGA